GGCAGCCUAGAUCCAACCAAAGAACAAACAUCCCAACCAAACUCCCAAAGAGAGAACACACUCCCAAACAGGAGAAAAAGAACUCCCACAAGUGGAGACAAAACAACUCCACUAUGGCCAAGAAGAACUAGAGAGAAGCAAAAAAUAUGGAUAAAAAUUAAAGCUAACACUAAAACAAAAUCCCUCCCCACUACCAAAUUGACACAACACAAGCAAACACCGAGGCAACAAAACAGAUUGAAAAGCUACACCAACCGUGCACCGAAUCGAGAAACACCAAAAACGGAUACCUCGACUCGGGUUGGCAAACCCAAGCUCCCCCACACAACCACCAGCCCAACCCCUCCACCGCUAAGUCAACGACCACAUCCUAACUUUCGCCAUGGCAUCCCGAAAGAGGAAGAACCCCACGCGAAGUGGGCGACCACCAACCCGCCGAGGAACAGGCUGACCAGGGAAAACCAUGUGCAGGUCCGCGCAGCUGGGAACGACACACGCGCCGGUAUGGAGGCCAAAACAGAUCGGGAAUUAGGGAUCUAG